AAAAAGUUGCUGUAAAAGAAAACCUCCAUUAUUUGUCCCCAUAAACCUCCAUUAUUCAAUCCCACCACACACAUGCAUAUACAUACACAAAAAUGUAUGUAUACCCAUAUUUUAUUAAUAUUUUUACCCACCUUUUGUCACCAAUCACUAACAUAGCAGAGAAAGGGAAAGAGGGCGAGAAGCAAAAGACAAAAAAGAUCUACACAUAUGCAGAGUUCUUUUAGGGAGAGAGAGUGUGAGGAACUGAUAAAAUUUGGUGUCUUGUUGGGUUGAAACCAUAAUCAUUGUCCAUUUCUAAAGCUUUACUUUGCUUCAGCCAAGUCUGCGCUGUCUCUCUCCAGAAACACAGACAUGGUUUGGCUGUGUUCUCUUUUGUCUCCAUCCAAUUGGUGAUCUCUCUCUCUCAGUUUGGUUUCAAUUAUUGAUCUCUUUGAUGUUGAAAGAAGCUUUUUGCAUCCGGGCUUUUGUCAAUUGUUCAAGAAAGUGACUCUUUUCGUGAAAAGACUCGAUUUUUAGCACCCAAUCUCUCUUUUUCGCAUCUGGGGCGUUUGGAAUUUAGGACUUUUGAAAAAAUGACUGUGGAGAAAGUUAGGAGCGACAGCGAAAGCUACGACGAUUUUCCGGCUGGCCUGCGUGUCCUCGCCGUUGACGACGACCCAAUUUGCUUGAAGUUGCUCGAUACUCUGCUUAGGAAAUGCCAGUAUCAUGGUGUGUUCUUCUUCUGCUAUUUUCUCUCAUGUUCACUGUGACUACAACGAGUCAGGCAAGGAUGGCGCUGAAAAUGUUAAGGGACAACAAAGAUAGAUUUGACUUGGUGAUCAGUGAUGUCCAUAUGCCGGACAUGGAUGGUUUUAAGCUUCUGGAACUUGUUGGUCUUGAAAUGGAUCUACCUGUUAUCAUGUUAUCUGCAAACGGUGAUCCCAAACUCGUGAUGAAAGGGAUUACUCAUGGCGCUUGCGAUUAUUUGGUCAAGCCUGUUCGGAUUGAGGAGCUGAGGAACAUAUGGCAACAUGUGAUCAGGAAAAAAAAGACUGAGCCAAAGAAUCAGAACAGUUCUGCUGAUCAAGGCAAUGGUAAUCAAUCGAGUGGAGAAGGUAACGGGUCUCAAGCAGAUCGGAAUGGUAAAUGCAAUCGUAAGAGGAAAGAUGAGGAAGAUUUCAGUGAAGAUAAUGAGAAUGAAAAUGAAGACCCUGCAACCUCAAAGAAGCCUCGGGUGGUUUGGUCUAUAGAGCUACAUAGGAAGUUUGUUGCAGCAGUCAACCAGUUGGGAAUUGAAAAGGCUGUUCCUAAAAGGAUUCUUGACCUGAUGAACGUCGAAGGACUUACUCGAGAAAAUGUGGCAAGCCAUCUCCAGAAGUAUAGGCUAUACCUGAAAAGAAUCAGUUCUGUUGCAUCCCAGCAAGCAAACAUGGUAGCUGCACUCGGGGUUAAGGAUUCCCAUUUCAUGCGUAUUGGUCCAUUCGAGGGGCUUGGAGAUUUUCGAACUUUGUCUGGACAAGGAAGGCUCGGAAGUGCCGCAUUAUCACAUUACACAACUGGAGGCAUGCUUGGUCGACUAAAUACACCUAACGUAAACCUUCAUAAUUUAUCUCCAUCUACACUAAUCCAGCCAAAUCAUGGUCAAAGCAUAACCAACUCCAUCUCUGGCCUCGGAAAAGUGCACCCAGCUCUUACAUCUACAAAUCAAAGUCCAAGUUUGUUUCAAGGAAUACCAUCGUCGUUAGAAUUGGAUCAGCUGCAACAGAGUAAGUGUGGUACAGGGAUGACAAGUUUCAAUGCAAUAGAUAACUCAAGAUUGCAGAGUAAGUUCUCAGACCCAGGAGCAGCAAUCAAUAGCUCGAGCAAUAUGUUAAACAGCUCCGCAAACAUGAUGCUACAUGGGAGCUACCAGCAAACAAUGAGUGGUGGGGGAUUCGGGAAUCAGUCUUCUCAAAACAUGGCUUCUUUGAACUUGGAUUCCUUUAAUGUUGGUGUCAAUAGUUCCUCCAAUCUGCUGGAUUCUGGUACCAUUCAAUCGUCUACGACACAGCCGGCUUCUUUGCUUUCUACUGAGCCUUUUCAUAGUCUGCCGAUGAGGGAUAAUGGUUUCUCCAAUGGUCCUUAUUUACAGAAGAACCCAAUUGAUAUUUCUUCUACCGCCAUGUCCUUGCCUCUAGAAGAUUCUAGAGAAAUGCAGUGCCAAGAAGGUUUGGUUGGAGAUGUGCAGAACAUCAGUCAUACCCCAAGCCAAAGGUGGGGAGAGCAAGGGCAGAAUUAUGGUCACAGUUCGACAGCAUCUUUUGGUUCCUUGAACACUCACAUUCCUGGCAACGGCGUUGUCUCUCCCUUGAGCCAGAGUCUGGACCAGGAUAGUGGAAUCAUCAACGAGAAGAUGGGCGUGUUCAUGAAUGGCAGAUUGGCUGGAGGUGCUUCGACUCUUAUGCUGCAAAAUGGGAAUGAAAAGCUGGCAACGGAAUCAAGAGCAAUGACUAAUGACAACUUCCUCUUGGAGCAACAAAAGAUGCAAGGUGCAUUUGCUCCUCGUAGUUAUGAUCCAUUGGAUGCUAUGAUGAAUGCCAUGAUCAAACGGGAACAAGAUGAAACCAUACCAAACUGUGAUUUUGGAUUCGACGAUUAUUCUUUUGGAUCAGGGAUAUGAGGCUGCACUUCCCACGACCGGCUGCAAAACAUUGGAAAUCCUCAACCAAGAAUCUGUCUAUAUGUAUUCUGUCUAUUUCUUUCAGAAUAUUCGUAGAAUGUUUGAGUUUUUCAUGUUCAUUUUUUUUAUCCGAUGCUGCAACUCAGAGUAGAGCACUGUAGUUGCCUUAAUGAGAAGUUCUAAACUCUUUGUUAGGGAGACAAAUAAGGCAUUCAAGAAUGACUUAUCAUCUCAAGUAUACACGUUUGUAGGUAUUAGGCUCUUAGCCCUAUUUCACCUAGAUUUCAAGAGAAGUUAGUUGAUAAUCAAGCAGUAGUCAAUAAUUUGUUUUCCACUGCUCUUUUACAUCAAGUGUUAUACACGAAUUCAUUUGUAGCAGACAAAA